AAAUCUUCAAAUCUUCCUAUCUAGCUAGACCUUUUAGGUUCCAGUACACUCAUUUCUAUUGGCAAUAUACAUCUGAGGCCAAGUAGAUGCGAACCGAAGGUCGCGACAUUCUCGACGAGAUCUUCCCCUGCCUGAACGAUAUCGAUAGCAGGCCUGCCCAAGUUUGCCUCUCGGCUCCACGUCGAUGAGAGAGGUCAUGAGCUAUCCAUCAUCAACAGUGAGGCCGCUAUACACCUGUUCGACGUCGACAUGGAGGUCCAGGAGGAGGUUCGGGUGGAGAACAGCUUUCAGGUGGCCCACAGGAUUCAGGUUGAGGACGAGCCGCAGAGCGCGCCCAUGCACCCGUCCCUGGCCAGCAUUUCCAGCCGUCAGGUCAAGACCGACUAUUACUGCUCUUUGAUCUACAGCACGUCGUCUCCUUUGAGCAAGCGGAUGCAAGCAGGUCAAGCAUGAUUUGGCGAACGCCACGACAGAGGGAACAGUCGAUAAGCUUCGUGUCUUCGGUAGCGACGAAAGCUUCGUACCCCGAACGUCCCACCCGCCAAAUGUGCAAAUUAAGCAGUGCAUAAGCAUGGUAAGGCAAACACCCUGCACAUUUCU